AUGGAGCAUUGUAAUGUUGUCGUUACUCUAGCUGAACUAAGGUUGCAGUUGUAUAAGAAUGAGGAUGAGAAGGAUAUUGAUCCAACUCAAUAUAGGAGGUUAAUUGGAUCCUUGCAUUACUUGUGCAAUAUGCGAACAUACUUGGAGUUUAAUGUCGAUAUUGUGAGUAGACUCAUGGGGAGACUAAAGGUGUCUCACUUGGCAGAACUCAAGAGGAUCCUAAGAUAUGUCAAAGGUUCUAUUGGUUGUGUAAUUAUCUUUAGCGCAAUGGAUACGGGAAUAAAAUGCAAUUUUCUCGGUUUUAUCGAUUCCAAUUGGUGCAAGGAUAAAGAUGAUCAAAAUUCUACAGCCGUGUGGCUUAUGAGUCUAUUGGAGGAGCUGGGCAGUAGUGAGGGUGAGGCUGUUACACUCCUGGUUGCACAUGGGAGGAGUAAGCAUAUUGAGAUGAGGUUUCACUACUUGAGGGAGGUUGUUAGUGAAAAAAAGGUUACGAUUUAG